AUGCAGCAAUUUCGAGCUCUAUCACAUACUCUACUCGAGUCUGUCACUUCCUCGACACGCCGCCUGAUGUACGGCUUGCAGCCGGUAAUCGAUCUCCACACCGUCCAGGACAAGAUGUCUAAAGUGGAAAAAGGCUACUCGUUCGUGACCGAACCAGCAAACCACCUGGCCGAUGCCUUCUUAGCCCUGUCAGAGCGUGCCUGCCUCUCCCCGGUGGAUGGGCUCAUGGGUAAGAACGGCUGGGACUACCAAGCAACCCGUCGCUAUAUGGAGCUGCAUGAACAAAUGUUGGUGGAGCUCAUGGCGUUGAUCCAUCUCACCGGCGGCCAGGCCUCUCGGGCAACAGAGCUCAUGUCCCUCGAACAUUGCAACGGGACGUCGACGAGUCGGGGGGUAUACGUCUACGACGGUUCUUUCUUCCUCGUGACCAGGCAUGUCAAGGCUCGUACCGUUACCAAUAACGAGUUCCAUGUUGCCCGCACACUGCCGAAAAAUGUCGGCCAUCUUCUCUAUCAAUACCUUGUGUACAUCCGGCCGUUUAUCUAUAUGCUGCAGCGGCGUUGCUACCACAUCGACGUCGACUCUACCUUACUCUUCUCCUCCAACCCGCUCUGCUGCGAGUUUACAAGUUGA